AUGGCCGAGCCGUCGUGGCAAGAAGCAAUUCGCAUCCGACUCGUCGAACGAAAUGCUAAACAGACGGCAUUCGCGUCCAUCAUCGAGCAAUAUCGCAGACUUGCUCAGCAGACGAAGCUGCUCAAAGAACGCAACGCGUCACUCCUCAAGGCAGUUGGAUCUGUCCGCCCCAAUCCAUCUAGUUCGACUGUCUACAUACCCGGCACUGCUGGAUCAGGCGAAGACAACCCCGUCCGCGUAGCGUACAUCGCGUCUCUCGAGUCCCAAAUCUCGUCCCUUCGCGACGAGCUCGCCUCGGUAUACAAGACACAGGGUCAGAAUGCACAACGCCUCCUUGCCAUGAACGAGACCCUUCGCGAGAAAGAGGAGCUCUCUCGUAUCGACUCCGAGAACCUUCGCAAAGCUCGUGAUGACAUAGCCCAUCUCAGGCGCAAGGUAGACCAACAUAACGAGAUCAUGGCAGAGAAGGACCGCACGGCCCAGGUCCUCCAUGACGAAAUCAAUACACUCCAGCUCGAACUGGGCCAAAUCGAGGAGCGAAAUCAGAUCCUUGUUAAGGACAACGCCAAGCUUUUGCAGCGCUGGCUCGAUGACAAACAGGCACAGGCCAACAAGCUGAACGAGGCAAACGACCUCUACGAAGACUUGCGUUCUCGGCACCAAGCCGUGAUAAACUGGCAAGGCCAACCACAACCACAAAACACGCCUGCAGGGACCGCUUCGCGGAUAACAAUGGCAUCUCAGUCGGGAAACGGAGUGCGCGAGGGGGAGGGGAAGAAAGAGACGACGACAGCUGGGCAGCGCUCUCAACCGGAGACACAGCAGGAUCAGAGUCCGAAUGGCUGA